AUGCAAUCAAGUGGGUCACUGUUGCUGGCGCUCGUCGUGGCUACCGCUUCUAUUUCGAAGGUCCAGGGAGACCAAGGGCAGGCCGUCGAUCUUUCCAGUUUCGUGUUGAAGCACGGUCCUUGCUUCCACACCAAGAUCCAGCAAGACGGAGACGACGAUGGCAACUCAUUCUUCUAUAAUGGUUCGUACCGCGCUCAAUACAACCGGUACGCAUCCUUUUUCAUGUGCAAAAGUGGUCAGUGCGACUACACCCAAGAAUAUGUAGUCGGUCUCGAUGAUUACCUCCAGACGAUGACGAACUACCUCGACAACAUGUGCCAGUCCUGCGCGAACAACUGUCGUCGCGUACUGGAAGACAAGCAGAAUAACCAGCAAGACCAAAUAGAUGCGGACUGGCAGGUCAAUUGCAAUACGUGUGCGAAUGACUGCGCCAUGGUUUGGAAGGCCCAAAACGAAGAUAACGAGAGUAACUACUUGGAGUGUCAGUUUUCCUACCAAGUAAACGACAUUUCUUACUAUUCGGCACCUCAGUGUCGGAAUGGGCGAGUUGUGAUUGGGCAUUUUUACGAUAACGAAUGCUCCGUCAAGACUGGCAAAGAUUUCAAGCAGGAAUUUUCGUACUUCUACUUUCAGACCAUGGAAUCUAUCAAGGUUGAUUGCUCGUCCGGUCUCUGCGAUAACCUCUACGGCGAAGCACUUUCAUGCGUGAACGGCUACGCGGAAAGCGGCAACGACGACACGAAGCUAUGUAAGGCCGCGGUGGAAGCCAGUAAGAUUCGGACUUACUACAAGAAGCCUUGGUUCAAAAAGCUUCACGUCAAGAGAUUUUUCUUUUUUGUUUUGUCCAUGGGGUUUUCCUUGUCUUUUCUGACGUACAUAUACUUCGUCCGCCAUCGCCGAGCAAAAAUUCCGCUGGCCAAUUUGGACGGGAGCAAUUUGCCAGAAUUGACCUAGGCUUGUGAUCAUAAUAGCCACUGGACAGGAGUGUGGUUUUUGUACGAUGUUAACAAUAGGAGACUAUUACCAUAUGUUGC